AUGCUAUCAACGGCAAAUAUGUCUGCUGGGGCUGGAAGGAUCCAACUUGUGAUGCUGGCUUUGGAUUCUAAAAAGAUCUGUAUUGCAAGACCAGCAAGAGAAAUUCAGUUUGUCCUGUGUCUAUGUAGAGAGGGCAUUUCUCAUGCGGAAAAGGCACCAGAAAGCCCUCUAAAAAUCUGUGAUGCUAGGUCAUGCAUUGCAGGCGUCAUGGGUCAUGCAAAAUAUGCAUGACAAACCGUUGUUAAGAAAGCACUUCGUCGUUAAAGAAAGAAAGUACUACGUGAAGAAGUUACGACGUAAGACAUAAAAUCGUAGACAAGCAUGUAAAAAGUAGAAGCAGAUACUUCAACAGCCGCGCAGCUAGCGGGGGGGUGACUCCUGUGGUCCCCCCCCACCAGCUGUGCUUUUUCCAAAACAUCCAGGAAAACCGUGGCGAGGUUCUUUUUUUUUUUCCAGCAAGUGGCUGGUGGGGGCGUAAUAUAGGAUAAGGAAGUAUGUAGGUCGUGAAUGUAGAAAAGACUAAGAAGAGCCGGGCUGGUAAGGUAGAAAACUGGAACUACUUAGAUACAUAAAUGGGGUCGUAGUUGAGUAUAGUACUUUUUGGCUGAGAUAAAAAGAAAACAUCAUGAACGACGAACGCGGAAUCGGAGACAACGCGGCAAAGCGGGGGCAGGGGCGCGGCCUGCCAGCGAGGACACGGCAAGGGAAUCGGGACAAACGGCCAGGGGCUCAAGACAAGUGCCAAUGAGGGGAGCCGCGCGUACCGUUCGAGCUACAGGAGGACGAGGAGGACUUGGCCAAGUGGGAUACGCGUGUGGGGCGGAGGGAAAGAACGGCUGCGAAGCGAGAACAAGUUGCUGGGGCAGGCGACAAGUUUAAAUUUGGUACAAAAAAAAACAGCACUCAGAUACCCGCGCCAUCUGCUUAACUGUGUGAAAUAUUGUGUCGGCCCGGUCCUGCUUGGUCGCAGGCCGGUGUUCGUGAGAUCAGAUUUCACAUGUUAAGUAACGCACACCGGCUCCUAGCUUAAAAAAAUGAUGAAUUUACAUGAAAAUGGGGCCUAAUCAAAAAAAAAAAAAAAAUAUGCAUGACAAACCUGACAAUCUUCCAGACAUCCAGGGUGCAUAUUUGCAUUUGAUACCUCCUUGCCGUCAGCAAAGAAACCGGCGAGUUCCCCAUGCGGUGCUGUGGAGACGAGGGGGAUCCGCCGAGUGGGGCGUUUCCAUACAAGGACGACGCCAUCGGGAACGCGGCUGACGGUACGCGCGUGGAUUGCCGAACCAGCCCGGACGACCGGUGCUCCGCCAGUGGCAGUGGCCGACUCAGCUACGCGGCGGCGGUCGCGAAGUGUGCGGAGACGAACCGCAGAUUGUGCACGAGUCAGGAACUGCUGACCGUGUUGAAUGGCCAAGCGACGAAGACCCUGUGCUCCGGCACCGGCGGAAACUGCGACAACGCCUGCAUUUGGACCAGCACGGUGCCCUACACGUACCCGGUGUCUAAUAACCUAAGAAACAAUAUGGGAUUCUCAAACGUUACAUUCUCAACUGUUACAUGGAUUUGUCAUGCAAAACUACCUUAAGCCGCCAGAUGCUCAAGCUGCUUCGCAUGACAAAUCUGCGAGGGGCUAGACAGCACCUAAAUCUGUGCGGAACUUGUAAUGCAAAAGGCGCAAACUUCGCCCUUUCACUUUUGCCGUUCUUGCAUUACAAGUUCAUGUAACAGUUGAGAGUGUAACGUUUGAGAACGCCAUAAACAACGGCUUUGCCGUUGAUUCCGUCACGUGCAAGGAAGGCUACUACACGGGCGCCAGUCCGCGAUUUUUUUGCGACGCCCCUGGAAAGCGAUUGCGCAUGACGGGGUGCGACGAUGUGGUCAAGCAUUGUGUGGGCCAGUGGGAUUUCACCGACGAACAGCUGGCCGAGCAAUGCAUCGGAGCGGGGGAAACGAGGACCCGCGAGUACGACGUUUCACAAGCCGCGGAGAACGGCGGAGACCCUUGCUCUGCCGCCGACGGCGACAAAGUUACCUACCAGUGCCCGCUGUACCAGUGCAAGUGCACGUUUGGCGAGGCAGAAACCGGCCCGCGCUGCGUUACGCAGAAUGACGGGACGCAGACGGUCGGCUGUGAUGUGCAACCAGGGGCGGCGGGGUGCAAUGCGGGGUACCAUCCGGUCGAGAAAACGACUCAGGACCAGGCCACGUAUCAUGUCUGCGAGGUAAACAAGUGCAAUUGCCCUUCCGGGAACCCCGCCGCGACUGGGGUGGAGUGCGCAGCAGACGGAAGCACGACAUUGUGCACAGAUUGCACGGAGCCUGGCUAUCACAUGAUCGAGGACGGGCAGAACAAGGAAUGCACGCUGAUGGAGUGCACGUGUGAGCACGGCGAGCCAGAUGUAUGGAGUUCUCAAAUGUUACAUUCUCAACUGUUACAUGAAUUUGUAAUGCAGGAAUAGCACAGGUGGAAGGGAGAACCUUGCGCGUCUUGCAUUACAGAUUUAGUGCAGAUUCUAGUGCUAUUUAGCCCUCCGGGAAUUUGUCAUGCGAAGUAGCUUCAUUGUCUGGUGGCUCAUGGUCAUUUUGCAUGACAAAUCCAUGUUUGUAACAGUUGAGAAUGUAAAAUUUGAGAACGCCAUAAGAUGUUGGUGCAGCUUGUGAUCCUCAUCUCACUGUGGAAAAGUGUGUACGCUGCACCGCGGAUGGUUAUCAUCUCGACCUGGGCGGCACAAACGUUUGCGUGGAAAAUGAGUGUCUCUGCGACAACGGAACCGGCGCGAAGGGAGCGCCGGCUUGUAUGGACCAUGGCGCUGAGGUGUGUGCCGUGUGUGUCCACGCGGGGUUUCGGCUGGAAAACCAACGCUGUCUGGAGAAUGUUUGCCGCUGCAACCACGGAACCGAAGCCACGGGGGCCGAUUGCACGGAGCACCACGGCGAAAUUUGCAAAGAGUGCACUCACCCGGGGUUCAGUCUCGAUGUACUUACGAAAACGUGCGUGCAAAACAUCUGCACCUGCGCGCACGGGAUUGCAGCGACGGAGGAGAGGUGCACGGCGAACAACACGAACAUCUGCACAGCGUGCACCGAAGCAGGCUACAAGCUCAACGACGCGACCGAAAGUUGUGUGCAAAACAUCUGCACUUGCGCAAACGGUACCGCGGCGACUGGAGCCAAUUGCACGGAAGACGGCGCCAACAUUUGCAGCGCGUGUAGCAGUGACACAGGGUUCAGUCUAGACGAAGGUGCCAAAACUUGCGUCCAGAACGUCUGUACUUGCGCGAACGGCACCGCCGCGACGGGCGGGGAUUGCAAAGCGAACAACACGAACACAUGUGCGGAUUGUGCGGAUUAUAUCGGGUUCAGUUUAGACGAAGUUACGAAAUCUUGCGUCCAGAACAUCUGCACAUGUGCGAAUGGAACUCCAGCCACGGGCGAAGACUGCACCAGAAACGGCACGAACAUUUGCACAGGAUGUGAAGCGGAGCAAGGGUUCAGUUUGGACGAAAAUUCGGCUUUUUGCGUACAAAAUGUCUGUACCUGUGUCAAUGGCACCGCAGCGACGGGCGGGAAUUGCACCUCGAACAACACAGAAGUUUGCGAAUCGUGUUUGAAUGAAGAUGAGUUUAAACUGACGGAGGACAAGCACUGCAUCUGGGUCGAUCUCCUUGCGGGCUUGGCGCCCAGUAAAUACGAUGAAGUGAAUUUCUUUGACGAAAAUGAUCUAUCGGAAGAGGAGAAAUUAGAAGAUGGAGACUCGACAGCGAAGUCGUAUCAAGUGCAAAAAUGUCUGGGUCUGGAAGAGUCAUGCUGUUUUUGCAUGACACAGAAGGUCUGGCGUGGAAGCUCUAGCAUCAUAGGUUUCGAGAAGCUUCCGCCAUGCCGAAUCCGCAUGACAAAUUCCCCACUUUGGUGACACAAAGUGGGCAGCUUUUGCUACCUACGCAUGAGAGAUUUUUCUGUGUUUUGAAAUGCGCAUCACAAGUUUGUACUCUUCCAGACCCAGACACUUUUGCAUAUGCAUAAGUCGCCGGAUGACUCUGAAACCAUGGAGGAGCCCGCGGGUCCUUUGACUGGCGAAGGGCUGGGCGUGAUCAUUGCCGUGGGUGCGAUUCUGUUGCUGGUUUUCCUCAUUCUGCUGAUUUACUACUUCGGUUUCCACGACGCGGAUGGUGGGAGAAACGCGCAGGAGGACGGGCCGCUGCGCGGAAACACGUCGGCCGCGUCGGUGUUGCAGCGGACGAGCGGAAAUUUUGGCGAGCGCGAGGGCGACUUGAAGUUUGAGUACCACCACGUGAACCGGGCCUUGAUCGAGGCGGGCCUGUCUGCGUUGUACGCCAGCAGGAUGGCGCAGCAAAUCUGCGACAUGAAUUCGCAAGACGACGAGGAUCUGGUCUAUCCGACGGAAGAGCACGACAAGGCAAUUCUGCAGCCUUUAGGGCUAGAAUUCGACGAAAACGAUCCGGACAAACUGGGCCGCAUGCGGGAAUUUCUGCAGAACGUGGCCAAGGAGCAGCGGAAGCUGUUUCAGCCGCUCCCGAAAACAAGCCCCGAGGAAAGGGAGCGCAGAACGGCAGAAUUCGAGUACAAGGAGGUGAAUCGGUCUUUGGUCGACGCGGGCCUCUCCGCCCUCUACGCGAGCCGGAUGGCCCAACAGGUUUGCGACGCGAGUGCAGCCGACGACAUGGAUUUGGUCUAUCCAACCGACGCGCACGACCGGGAGUUGAUCGCGCCCGUGUUCGGAAUAGACGCCGAACUGGGUGACUUCAAGGUUAUCCCGUGCAAAAGUAUCGUAUUCGUAGUAAUCGCAAUCAUGCAAGACAAAUCUUCUGCCCAAGCAAAAUCAGCAUGGCAAAUUCCACCAUGUGUCGCGCUGAGCAAAUUUGUAUUGCAAUUACUAAAUAACUACGUACAAGUACGAUAGAAGUUUUGCAAAGCAUAGAAGUUGGUCUCGGACAAAUGCGGCGAUUCUUGGAGAACCAGAACGUCGGGGUUAAGACCACAUCACGCCCCUCCAAACAAGCAGCUGCUGCUCGGCCUAGCAAGAAGGGCCUCUUCCGGCCCUCGAUGGCUGGCGCGGGGGUUGAAAGACCUUCCACGGCGAACAAAGCAAGCAAGGCCAGCGUCGCGCGGGUGUCGGGUGCCCCCGGGUUGGGAGGUGGACCAGCGCGGACCUUAUGACGUUCUCAACUGUUACAUUCUCAACUGUUACAUGAUUUGUCAUGCAAAAUUGCCAUAUUAAGCCGUCACACGAUCAAGGCGUUUCGCGUGACAAAUUAUCGAAGGGCUAGACAGCGCCUAAAUCUGUUCCAAAUUUGUAAUGCAAAGCGCGCAAUCUUCCCGCGUUCACUUUUGCUGUGCUUGCAUGACAAAUUCAUGUAACAGUUGAGAAUGUAAUAUUUGAGAACUCCAUACACCUCGGCCGCUGCCUCCAGCAGCGGGUACGUGGGCGUUUCCGGCCUGUCAGGACUGGGAGCAUAUCGUGAGAAAAAAGUGUUACAGUUACACAUUCUACUCAUGCAAGACAAGCAAGACAGACAACCUCUGUCAUGCAGGAAACGCGUGCCAGCCUCAUUACAUUCGUGUUUUCCCUUAUAGUCUGCGCAUUACAACUCUUUGUCAUGCAGAGCAAAUCUGUGAUGCUGAAAUUCCAACAAAUGUGUAACUGUAACACUUUUUCCUUGGAUAGAGCAGGCAGCACCGUUAGUACGGCUUCGGAAGAGGAUGAAGAGGGUCCUCUUCAAGGGCACGGACGGGAAGCAGUGGUAGUCUGCACGGUAGAGGAGAUAUGAGAGUGCACAACUACUCCCCCUUUUCCUCAUUUGUAUGGCUUGAACAGCAAUACAAACACAUGCACACUUGGGGCCUGUGCAUGACAAAUUUAUCAUUUUGUGCGACCUUAUGUAGUACUGUUUGGACACUUUCGGAAUUUGUCAUGCAUAAUAGUGACGCAAGGGAGCAAGUGGAAUUGUGGAUUUUGCAUGAGAAAUGAGAACGAGAGGGAGUUGUGCACUGUCAUAAAAGACCGCCGCGAAGCUGGAACACGAGCAAGGAUUUUCGCCGCGGGCGGCGGUGUGCUUGGCAGAAAAACUGGUGGCGAGAGCCCGCGACGCCGUGGCCAUCAUCGAGCGCGAGUUGCAGGAAGAGCAAGCUGGGCUGCAGGUGUCCGGUCUCACUCUGCCAGACGGUCUUCGUGGCAAGUAUUCGCAGGCGGGAAACGCUUCCACCGUCGAGAGUGGUGCGCGGCCGGUGGGCACCAAGGCAAGUGCCGGCUCCGGCGGGACGACAGGGAGUGCCGGGUCGUCCGCCGCAAAAUAUCAAAUGCAAAUAUCCCUGGACGUCUGGAAGAUUGCGAGAUUUGUCAUUGUCAUGCUAGUCUGGCAUGACUCUGACCUCUGUAUUGCGUGGCCACAAUCAACAUCCUCUCUCGCCUGUCAUGCAAAAACGCAGUUUCUCAUGCGGAAUAAGCAGCAAGCACGAAAAAACUUGUCAUGCUUGGCGGCGCAUUACAGUGCACUUAUUAUCGACUGACUUGCAUCACAACGUCCCAGACCCAGACAUGUUUGCAAUGCAUACAAUGAUGUACGAGCGCGUGGCGCAGUAUGUGGCCGACAUUUCUUUGGCCGACCUACAGGAUGAAGCAGGAGGUGCGGGUAUCCUGAGGAAAAACGUCCCCACCCCAGAGUUGUCAUGCAAAUCUGCAUGCCGAAGAUGUUUCUCAUGUGGAGCUCCAUGAGAAGCAGUUUCCAGACGUGUUUUGGAAUUUGUCAUGCUCCAAUCAGCAUGAUAUAGUAGAUCUGUGAUGCUGCUGAGCUAGCUCAAACAGCACUACAAUACGAGUCCAAAUUUGUCAUGCAAAACAGCCAAAGUUUGUGGAUUUGUCUAGCCGAGUCCCCAUCUUGACUAUGGGGUGGGGACGUUUUUACAUAGGAUAGCGGGGAGUGAAAACUGGAAUGACGCUGCGGGCGAGGAAGACCGACAGAAAAUCGAGGAUAUGCUCCAGAAUAUGAUAGUGCACAACUCCCCCUCCCCCUCAUUUGUGUUGCAUGAACAGCAACACAAGCGCUGGCAAAGAUGCAGCUUUUGCAUCACAAAUUCCGAGAGGACUCUACAUCGUGCUGUUUAGGAUUGCAGAAUCUGUCAUGCAAACAGUGUUAACAGGCAAGCCAAGGGGUGGAUCGGGAAUUUAGCAUGACAAAUGAGGGGGAAAGGCGGGGGUUGUGCACUCUCAUACAGAACUUCGGAAAAGCAGAACACGCCAAGACCAUCGGAUUUUUUGCCGUGGCCAAGACGAAACCGGCGCGAAGGAAAAAGCGCGGCGCGUCGGAAAUCGCGCUCUUUGAUUUGAAGGCGCUGGCCCACCUGGAAGAGCUUUUCGACAAGAACAAAGUAGGUGGCGCGACUGGUUCAACAUCUGGGGUUGCUGCUGCUGGUGCGCCAUCAUCUUCAUCCCAGCGACCGGGCGGGAGCAGCCGGAUACUUGCGCCAUUCGGGAAUACCGAGAACGCGAAGCAAGUGAACCUGUUCAUGAGAAUGAUGCCCCCGAAAAACAAAGUGUAUCAGCACCACGACCACCACGACCAUGACCACCAUCUCGCCGCCGCAAGACCAUCUACCUCGAGGCCUCCAACAGACGGAGCCCGCGCGAGUAGAUCCACGGGCACGGGGGCCAGUCGGGCGACGGGUUAUCCUAUUGAAAAAUCCACCUUUCGCCCCGUACUCAAAGUGGGAUAAUUUGUGUAGCAUGAUUUGUGACCGCAAGAUAUCAAGAAGUUGUCAUGCGAAGAGGUAAUUAAUACACGCGGACUGUGCUGUCCGUCUGGCGUGGAAAGGCCUUGAUGCAUCUUCAGAAUUACAGGAAGCCAUUGCACUCUCGGAAAAAAUAGCAUUGCAAACUUACGCGCAACAUCAAGCGUUAGCGUAUGGUCCCUUCGCACUGCAGCAAGUCGAGUUUCGUACGCGAGAGGCACAAAAAGAGGAAUAUUUUUUAAGUACCAACCUCCUUUUUUAAAAAUAUGUGGGGAGCGGGGAUUUUUCCUUAUGAUACUGGCGGAACUGAUCUUCAUACGGGCGGCACUGCCAUCGACCGAAGCGACGUAUCAAAUACGUCAGCAGCUGAAAGCGACCCUGGUGCCACGAGUACGAGCGAAGGGGACGAAGAUGUGGACGACUCCGCUUAUGAAUUGCAAUUGCAAAAGUAUCGCAUUAGUAGGAUUUAUUCUUGCAUGUUGACAAUUUUCAACUAGUACUUGCCCAGUACGUCGAAAACUGAAAUUUCUUGCGCGCCAGAAUCGCCUUUAAGAGGAGACUUGUAAGAACGCGUACUAUGCAAAAAUUACUACGAGACGUACGAUACUUUUGCAAAAAUGCAUACCGAUCGUGAAACGAAGCAGCUUCUGAAGAAGAAAAAGAACAAGAAGAUCGUACUAGUCAAGAAGAAGAAGAAGGCCCCCGGAGCUGCAGGUGCUACGUCGACGAGCUCCAGUGCUAGUGAAGCUGAAACUGCAGAUGGUGGGCAUCACAGUACUGCGACCGGUAAACCUAAGAAAAAGACCAAGCUCGCGACCAAGAAGAGUGGCAAAAAAAGCGUAGGAGGUGCAAGUGCAGCGGCGCAACCUUCGCAGAUGAAGCAGGACGCACCUACCCAGGAACUGCUGAACGAAGCGCAGGCGGCGCUAAUGGACGUCGGGUUUUCCCGGCACCAGGCGAAGAUCAUCGCCGAAAAAAUCGCCGGCGUGACAGCGGUAUGCACCUGCAAAUAAAGUAUCGCUCUCGUAGAAGUACUACAAAUCGCAGCCAUGCAUCACAGAUUUAUCAGCAUUGCAAAUUAUUGAAGAUGCGGUUUGCCUCUUCCAGAAAAAAAUGUAUAUGCGGUUUUUCAUUCUAGAGCGAUGCUUUUGGUUUUGCAAUGCAUAGCCGGAUCAGCUUGACCAAAAAUCGGGUUUGACCGAGGAAGAAAAGAAAAUCGCGUCCGCGGGACUGGGUGGCGCAAAAGUGAACGAUAUGGGAGUGUCAGGAUUGAAAUCGACAAAGCUGAAAUGAUUUGCCAUGCAUAAAAUGGAUGCCAGUUGGAACCCAGUGUCCAAGUGGCGCAUGACAAAACUUGGCGGUGCCUCAAUCCCGUUUGUAAUGCUGUUUGGGUAAGGAAGACGCCUUUUGUAAUGCUAUCUUAGCAGCCUUAUUUCUACCCCUCAACAGGCUUAGUAUCUGCCUCCGUUCCCUACUCUGCAAGACAGGCACUUCGUGGGUUGCAUUUUAUGCGUCACAAACUAUUUCAACUUUGACGAUUUCAAUCCUGACGCAUCCAUAAACGACCUGCAGGAUUUAGCGGAAGAGCUGGUCCACCAGAAAGGAACCUUUUUCGCCUAUCAAAAUGAAAAAUCCCCCCUCCCCAUAUCAAAACAGAAAUUUGUGAUGCUGAUUUGCGGCCACAAAUCAGCUUUGUAUUGCAAAGAGGCACUGCGGCCAGAUCCCCAGGCUAGGUAGGGGCGUAUGGGUCUAGCAGUUCAGCAUGGGAAACGGACCCCCUUUAGGCCCAACAGCGUGACAAAUCGCUUCCAAAAUGGGGCGGAAGCUUCUGCCCUUGUCUUCUUGCAAGACAGAUGUGAUUUGUGACCUUAAAUCCGCAACGCAAAUUUUUGGAAACAUACCUUUUCAAUAUGGGGAGGGGGGAUUUUUCCUCUCAAUAUCGCCAAGCGGUUCUCGCCCGAAUCGCAGCAGGAAGCGAUGUAUGAACAGCAAAAGCAUCGUACUAGUUCUAGUAGUUAUUGCAAUACAAAUUUCAUCCUCAGCAUUAGAAAUGGAAUUUGUAUUUGUAAUGCGAAUUUGCCUUAACAUCUGGUUUUUUAAUGCAUUAGUACGAGUGCGGUUCUUUUGCAUUGCUUUGCAUACCAUGAGGGGAAAGGCGGCGGGCCAGCCCAUGUCGCUCCUCGAAGAGAAAUGCGCAAAUCCCGGGGCGACAUCACUCUUGUCCGGAGUGGAAAAGAAGACGAAGGGAAAGCGCAAGGUGGUGAAGGUCGGGAAAUGGAAAACCAAGCUCGCGGGUCGCUAUCCUGUGUAAUAAAAACGUAUGAUUCCCAGCCUGCAGCAGCAGCAGCUCCCCUGAGUGGGCAAAUGGGAAUUGAGCUAAGACUAAACACUUGUUCCUGCGCGCAUGACAAAUUUAGAUCCGGUUGUCGUUGUAGCCAACGCAGGCACGAAUUCCGCAAGUUUUGAGAAGCUAUUUUGUCUGCUUUGAAGAGCGCGACAAAUAACUUCCAGACCUCACUCAAAUGCCGUCAGCACUUGUGGCACUAUUCCGUGUGAGAAGCUGCGAAGCCUUUCUGCAUGAUGCGAAAAAAAUGAGCAUGACAAAGACAACUUUUACUGCCAGGUCGUGGGUACUUACGUUUUUGAAAUGGAUAGUCGCGGCGGGGGUCAAACGACCUCCUCUAUGGAAGAAAGUGAAGCGUAGGCGGGUGCUAAUUAUGAUGUAGUGGAUAUCAAUCGCGCAAAGGCAAAACUACGACUGCGCACAGUUUUAGGAAAAGAGUGUCACUAAUGAGCAAGCUUCAUUGAUAAAUUCUUGCUUUAGUCGUCCGUGCUUUUCGAAAAGUAGUGGUCUCCAAGAAAAAUAUGUUGGUGACUUUUUUAUUGUUUUGUAAAUUUGUUUGAUGUUUGUCAUUGUUUCUCUUUCUGUGGAUACGUUGUGAUCUUGAAUCGAAUUUGCAUGGUGCGGAUGUUGAUUUUCAUUUUCUUUCGGAUUUUACUAGCAAGAAAUAGAUUUUUUUUCGGCAAUCUUGUCGGCAAUAGAUUAUUUUUCGGACCGUUUAUUUCGCCUUGUUCAAUUCGAUAUUUCUUCUGCUCUAGUGCAAGUAGCUUCAUCGGCUUACAAAAAUGUUGUUAGAUUCAUCUUUUUCAAAUGUUUGUGUUUCAUUGUCUACUACUCGUCCCAGGCGCAUGCUGUAUAGUCCAAUUUUACGAACAAUAUUUUUACGACCAUUUUUGACCACGAUUCUUUUAUACGUUUGUUUCAUCACCUUGACACCUUGAUAGUUGUCUUUACAUCUUUUCCUCACAAUGUACAGAGCUGGGCGCCGCUUCCUAGGUGCCGAUGCAGCACAAAGAAAGAUGAAGGAUCAAAAAUCUGUAAAAUCACAUUGGCUGUAAAAUAAAAAGUUCUUGGAUUCUUGUUGUAGAGCUUACAAAUUCUGUCUUAACUGUUGUACCAUUCGAUGUGUG